AUGGGGAUGGAGGAGAAGCAGAAACCUAAUUUUCAUGACCAUCUCAUAGGAAAAGACACGCCCCUCUCAUGGUCAGAUCUUCCUCAAGAUCUCUUGAAUUCUAUCUUCGAACGUCUCACCUUUGCUAAUUUCCAACGAGCCAAAGCCGUAUGUUCUUCUUGGCUCGCCUCCUCGAGACAAUGCGUGCCCAAAAAACAAAACCAUUGGUUGAUUCUCUUCCCCGAAGACAACGAAAACAAUUACCAAUGCACGUUGUUCAAUCCAGAGGAACGAGACAAACUUCACAGAACGAAAGAUCUUGGUCUCGAGUUUGCAAAGAGUUUUUGUAUAGCAACCUAUGGAAGCUGGCUCUUGAUGCAAUACCCUCGAUGUAGUCUCUACGUUUUGAAUCUCUUUACCCACGAGAGAAUCAAUCUACCUUCCGUGGAGUCGCAGCUUGGAACGGCAAAGGUGGAGCGAACCCUAGAUGGAGAUGGCAAUGUUGAGUUUCGCACUACAGGUCCCGACGGAAAGGUGUAUAGAGGUACUAGUAUACGAAACCCUGUGUUUUGGAUCGAUGAAAGAACCAACGAUUAUGUUGUCGUAUGGGGACUUCGAGACUUGUGUGUUGUUUAUUCAAAGAAGGGAGAUACGGCCUGGACUCAACUUCCCAAAACCUCAGGCUGCGUUGACGUGGUUUACAAGGAAUCCAAGCUUUACUUCUUGAGCUUGUCCGGUUGUUUCUUUAUCUUCGAUUUGUCUGGAGAGACUCCGCAACAAAUCUUUCAGUGUGGUGUUAUCGUGGAAAGACUACGCUUAGGUCUUGUUGUUCCGACAAAACUUGUAGUCACCGUGACGGGAGAAGUCUUCAAGGCUGAAAAAUGGUGGAGGUCGAGGUCUAAAACCUGGACCUUUCGUGUUAUCAAGAUUUGUUCACCAGGAUUCCUGAGGAAUCACCAACUGGUUGGUUCUUUGGGCGACGAGUCAAUGCUUUUGGAACAAGGCGUCACUGUGCUCAGCAAUGAAGGAUUCAUCAGAGACUGCAUCUAUUUCAGUGAUAUAAGAGAGAACACUUAUUCUAUCUUUCUUUUUAAUCUCAAGACAAAGAAGACAGAGCCGCUUCACAACUUUGAUCGUUCCCUAGCUCAAUUCUCUAGAGCUCGUUGGUUCUUACCACAAACAUGAUUUGAUCUCAACUACGUUAUGUGAGGAAACUAAGUGUGUUUAUAGGUUUAUGAAAAAGCUAUUGUUUACCCUAAGUUCCCUCAUAGUACGCCUAAGUAAAUGUAUUUUCCUUUUCUUAUAUUUGUUGCCCAAACAUUAACAAGGACUCCAUACAAGAUCCUAAGUGUGGUGAUUUUUAUAACAAUUUGUAUUGACACAGUAACUUAGUUAUUGUAUGUUUCAACUUACAUAUUGUUUUUAUACCAACAUAACUUGAAGAUGACCAUCUAAUUUGGUUGAGAUCGAACCCAACUCAUUGGAUCGAUUCAAUAUGCUUUGAAUAGUUCUGAAGUGCGUAACAUUCAUGGUUUACUGUCACAAACUGUUUGAUGUUGUGCAACAAUAAAAUUGGAGAGACAGACACUAUUCGACAUUGAUCAACCGUGUUUGUGUAAUUGUGUUUGUGAAGUUGGGUAAUUACGGUCAGAUAUUUUUGUAUGAAUGCAAUUUCUCCCGAAAAAACAGAGACUGGUGUUAGGGAAUAGUGGUGUCUUUGAUGGUUAACUUUCACCCAAACGGCCAAACCCAAGACCCUUUUUGUCAUCCAGUAGUUUUUGAUUGAAAUCGUAAGGCUGGUGUUACACAAUACCUUUUCCUUGAAUAGUAAACUAAAAUUAUAAAUCGUCACAUCAUAAAUUAAUAAUCUGUUCCACAUUAUACGAUUGAAUUUUUAGCAAAG